AUGUCAAACGAAGAUUCAGAAAGUGAUUACUCUGACAUUGAAUCGAUUCAUUCGGAUGAUGAAGAAGAUGUCGAGGAUUAUAGAAAAGGAGGAUAUCAUCCUGUUUCAAUAGGGGAUCGAUUUGAUGAUGGCCGAUACAUUGUUGUUAGAAAACUUGGCUGGGGACAUUUUUCUACUGUAUGGCUUGCUCUUGAUACUUUAACCAAUAAUCAUGUUGCUCUUAAGAUCGUGAAAUCAGCCAAUCGUUAUACAGAGAGUGCUUUGGAGGAAAUUAAAUUAUUAGAAUGCGUUAAAAAGACAAAUUCAGAAUCAAAGGGGUAUCGACAUGUGGCUCAAUUACUGACUCAUUUUUGGCAUUAUGGACCUUAUGGAAAACAUGCCUGUAUGACGUUUGAAGUGCUUGGUGAAAGUCUGUUAUCAUUGAUGAAGCGUUAUAAUUAUAAGGGGAUACCUUCACAUAUUGUUAAACGAAUCUCAAAACAAGUGCUUGAAGGAUUGGAUUAUUUGCAUCGAGAGUGUGGUAUUGUUCAUACAGAUUUGAAGCCAGAGAAUGUACUGGUUUGGAUUCCAAAUAUUGAGGAAUAUUUAAAAAGUGAAACUGCUGAAACGCUGAAAAUAUCACCAAGUGCACAAAAUCAACCAUGGUUAACAAAUGCUGAAGCAAAUGGGUUAACAAAGUCUCAGAAAAAGAGACUAAAAAAAAAGAAGGCAAAGACGCUAGCUAAUACACAAAAAAUUAUGUUAGAAGAAAAAAAAAAUAGUAUGGAAGAAAUAGAGAAUAAAUUAGGAAACCUAAAGAUUUUAACAAAGCAACCUAUUGGACCCAAAGUGAUACCAUCUUCCACCUUAGAUAUUACGUCCAUUUUAACAGAAAAGGAGAAUGCAUUUGAUAAUAUUAUCGUUAAAAUUGCAGAUCUUGGUAAUGCCUGUUGGAUAGAUGGUGAGUAUACACAUUUUUUAUUUGAUCCUAGAGCAGGUUCAAAAUACAAUAAGGAUGACGAUCAUUUGGCGCAAAUGUUAGAAUUAAUGCGUACUGUACCAAAGAUUAUUACCUCUGGUGGAGAACUUUCUCGAGAAUUCUUUGAUCGUUCAGGUAAAUUAAGGCAUAUCAAGAGACUGCGUUACCGAAGAUUACGUGAUGUUCUUCAUGAUACUUUUCUUAUGCCACCUGAAGAAGCGGAUGCUGUUAGUGCAUUUUUACUACCUAUGCUUGAAUUAGAUAUGGCAAAACGAGCAUCUGCUAGUCAAAUGCUUAAGAGUCCAUGGUUAUCAGAAGCUGUAUGA